AUGACGCUAAAAGUUCAGAUCUACAGGAUACCCAUACCCUUCCAAAUCUCAGCGAUGACCCCAGAGGCACCUCCAACCUACCUGAAAGCCGGCCUGAGUAGUGAAAGGAUUAUCGCCCUAUCUGGUCCAAUGAAGAAAACACCGCAUUUGAUCAUCCAGAGGUCCAUCAGGAUGGGUAGCGAAAGCAACCCCGCAUCAGCUUUGCGAGUGCAUGCAAUUGAGGAGGGGACGAAGCGUCGGGAAGAGACAUAUUGGAAGGCGAAUUUAGCCAAGCAGCAUCCACUGAUUACCGUAUGGAUGAGCCGGUGGCCACAAAUUCUAGUCACCAUUGUCACAUUUGGCGUCUAUUCUGGCUCUAAAUCACUCCACCAAUUCAGACGCCAACAGUGCAUUAGCUUCCGGGCCGCAUUCAACAGCAACCUCCCGGUAUUUACAGAGCUUGAUUGGCAAGAAAGGAUCUUCGGACGGCUGAGCCAAGUGUUGCUGUGUGAUACCCCACUCACACGAUCGGAGGAAUGUGAUGCCGUCAAUGUAGCGAGAUAA